UAAAAUAGCCGCCUUGUUUUUGUGUAGGCCAGAGUGCAGCAACAAUGGCUCCUAGCAGUUGUACUCUGCUAUAAUUCAUUGCAUUUCUGGCCAAAGAUCGAAUAUCCUCCCUCCCACCACAUAAUCAUGAUUUUCAGAGCCAGCUGUAAAUUUUCGCGCUUUUUUCUGCGAUUCUCGAUCUUCCUCGUACUCCUCUGCAAAGGAUUCUGUCUGCAAACGGACACCAUUAACGCCACUCUGAUCCUCAGAGACUCCGACACGAUCGCCUCCGCCGGCAAUCAGUUCACUCUGGGCUUCUUCAGCCCCAACGGCACCACCGCGCGCUACGUCGGGAUAUGGUACUUCGUUUCUCCCGCCACCGUCGCCUGGGUCGCCAAUCGCGAAACCCCACUCGCCGACACCCGCGGCUCCCUCUCGAUUUCCGCCGCCGGAAACCUCGUGAUCGUCGACGGCGACGGUCGAAUCGUCUGGUCAACGAAUGCCACGUCAUCGCCGACGAAUUCCACCGCCCAAUUAAUGGACUCCGGCAACUUCGUCCUCCGCGAAACCCCGACCGGAGCCACACUCUGGGAGAGCCACCGCCACCCCGCCGACUCGUUCCUGCCGACAAUGAGGGUGAGCCACAACCCUAGAACAGGGGUUAGGGUUCCACUAAAUUCAUGGCGGUCGUUUCAGGAUCCGGGUCGGGGCAAUUUCACCUCGGGUCUCCACGCGGUCGGAAUCCCCCAAAUCUACAUCUGGGAGAACGACAUCCCACUGUGGCGGAGCGGCCCCUGGAACGGCCGGAUUCUCACCGGAGUAACCGGAAUGUACUCCGUCUACGUCGACGGAUUCAGCGUCGCCACCGAAGAAGACGGCACCUACUACUUCACCCGAAACUUCCGUCAGAAAUUCAUUUCCCGAAACUUCCUCGACCCGAACGGCCGACUAAUCGAAGCCGGCUGGGACGAAGCUUCGAACAGCUGGAACACUUCCUGGCUAGCUCCGGCCAACGACUGCGAUCUUUACAACAAAUGCGGCCCGUUUUCGUUUUGUUACGUCGAAAACAAACCGAUUUGCAGCUGCUUGAAAGGGUACAAGCCGAAGAGCGAACAAGACUGGGGUAGGGGGGUGUGGGGUGGGGGGUGUGUGAGGUGGACCGAUUUACAAUGCGGUCGACAAAAUAACGCUACCGAUAAACAUCGAGAAGACGGGUUUUCGAAGAUGACUUUUAUUAAGGUUCCCGAUUUUAUGCAGUGGUCUUCCGGUGUGGAAACAGAGUGCGCGAGUUUGUGCUUGAAGAAUUGCUCUUGUUUGGCUUAUGCUUACGACCCCGGAAUCGGGUGUAUGUUUUGGAAAGAUGAUAUAAUCGACGUUCAGAAAUUCCCGGGUAAUGCUGGCUCCGACUUCUACGUUCGUGUUGCCUAUUCGGAGAUUGACAAGGAGAAGAGCAAUAGAGUAGUUGUUAUUACAGUUUCAGUUGUUGCUAGUUUCGCUGCUGCUUGCAUUUGUCUGUUUUUCGCUUGGUGGAUGUAUAAACGAAAAGGUAAAAACAGGACGUUGUCGUACGAAAGGGGCGAAAUAAGCCUACACGAUUCGAGCGAGAUUGUGCUACGAAGCGACAUGGAUAAGGUUAAGAUAGAGGAGUUGCCGUUGUACAGUUUCGAGAUGUUAGCAGUUGCUACCGAUUAUUUCGACUUGAGAAAUAAAUUAGGCAUGGGUGGUUUUGGUCCCGUUUAUAAAGGAAAAUUUACAAACGGGAAUGAAAUUGCGGUGAAGAGGCUUUCAACGUCAUCCGGGCAAGGUCUAGACGAGUUUAUGAAUGAAGUGGUUGUGAUUUCUAAACUCCAACAUCGGAAUCUUGUUCGUCUAUUAGGGUGUUGUGUGGAGAAAGAAGAAAAGAUGCUCAUCUACGAAUACAUGCAGAAUCGAAGCUUAGAUGUUUUUCUCUUCGAUAGUACAUCGGAUGUUCUUGAUUGGAGGAAACGAUUUAAUAUAAUCGAAGGCAUCGGUAGAGGGCUUCUCUAUCUUCAUAGGGAUUCGAGAUUGAAAAUAAUUCAUCGAGACCUCAAACCGAGUAAUAUAUUAUUGGAUGAACAUUGGAAUCCGAAAAUCUCCGAUUUUGGCAUGGCGAGAAUUUUCGGGGGCAAUCAAGAUCAAGCCAACACCGGCAAAGUCGUCGGAACAUACGGGUACAUGGCCCCGGAAUACGCGAUGGGGGGAAGAUUUUCGGAAAAAUCCGACGUAUUUAGCUUUGGAGUUCUUGUUUUGGAGAUCAUAAGUGGGAGAAAGAACACUAGCUUCUACAACGACGAGUUUUCUUUAGGCCUUUUGGGAUUCGCGUGGAAAUUGUGGAACGAAGACAAUGUGGUGGAGAUGAUAGAUGCGAGGAUAUCGAGUCCGGAUUUUCAGACAGAAAUUAUGAGAUGCUUGCACAUAGGAUUGUUGUGUGUGCAAGAAUUCGCUAUAAAUAGGCCGAAUAUAUCCACCGUUUUGUCGAUGCUCAGUAGUGAAAUUGUGGACCUUCAGUUGCCGGAGCAUCCGGGUUUUACGGAUCGGUGGACCCGUUCGCAUGCCGGGUCGUCUUCUUCGACCCGUACCCGUUCGGCUAAUCACAUCACCCACACAGAAAUGGAGGGGAGAUGAGAGUCUUCUUCAUGUACAAAGCCUUAUAGAAAUUUCUCUUUCUCGGAUAAAUUGAAUUAUUCUUCUCUUAUUAAUUUUAUGAUAAUCAUGAUUAUAAUGUGUAAAUAUCGAAUUGUGUGUUAAUAAUCAAUUGUACACGUUAUUAUUUACUUAUUUA